UACUCGAGUGUAAUGUUCAGUUAUUUAACAACCAUAUUUUUUAAGAACAUUGAUAUUAUAAUAUUGUACAUUUGGUUCAUGGGCAGCCUGUACUCUCCUGUGCUAACGACGUGUUUCUGGACUUAAUGAGCACCGGCGUUUUCUGCGUCAUGCUGUUUCUCGAUGUUUGCUAACCUGCUAUUACCUGACUCAACCUCAACACACAGGCUGACCUGCAAGCUAACAGUUAACCGGCUGGCCUACGUUUUAAUUCAAGAGGUGGAAAAGACAGAUGAUGGCAGACCUGGGCAUGAAAGCAGGAGACAGGGUGAUGCUGGUGUGGGCUCAGCCUUCAGAUCCAGCAGCCCUGAAACAGCAGGCGGAGGAGCUGGGGGCCAUUGUAGGUGUAGACAAAGUGUCAGUGGAGAACAUGGAGAGAUUACUGAUGUCCUCCCACUCGGCGUCCUCCUUUGACUGGGUGCUCUCCGGCCUCCUGUCUGACAGCUCCUCCAUCCACAGCUCAGAGACUCUGGCAGAAAUGGCCAAAGUGCUGAAACCUGGAGGGAAACUUGUCCUGGGGGAAGCAGUUACAGGGGCCGAGGCUCAGAGUCUGAGGACAGCUGAAAAACUCAUGUCUGCUCUCAAGCUGUCGGGCUUCAUGUCGGUGACACAGGUGAGUGAAGCAGCUCUGAGUCCGGAGGCCCUGAGCUCCCUCAGGACGGCCACUGGUUACCAAGGAAACACUCUGUCUAAAGUAAGAGUGUCUGCCCUUAAACCCAACUUUGAGGUUGGAUCAUCCAGCCAGCUCAAACUGUCCUUUGGGAAAAAGCCAGCAGAGAAACCCGCUCUGGAUCCCAACACCGUCAAAAUGUGGACCCUGUCCGCCAACGACAUGGACGACGACGAUGUGGAUCUGGUGGACUCGGAUGCUCUGCUGGAUGAAGAUGACAUGAAGAAGCCAGACCCAGCUUCUCUUAAAGCCUCCAGCUGUGGGGGAGUGGCCAAGAAGAAAGCCUGCAAGAACUGCUCAUGUGGUCUUGCGGAGGAGUUGGAGCAGGAGAGUAAAGGAAAACAGACAUCCAACCUCCCAAAAUCUGCCUGUGGAAGUUGUUACCUGGGUGAUGCGUUCAGGUGUGCCAGCUGUCCGUACCUGGGGAUGCCAGCGUUCAAACCAGGAGAAAAGAUCAUGCUGGACAACAAGACGCUGACCGAUGCUUAAACCACCAUUUCACACGUCCUGCUGCUCAUGCCUCAAAAUAUUACAUUCCUUACUUUCUUCUUCCACCCAGAGACACGACUCCCUCCCCACAGAGUUCAGAGCUGUUCCUGUCCUUGCAGAUGUGAAGAGUGAUUUAGCUCGUCUGUCUGCUUAGUGAGAUGGCUUCAGUUUGGUGCAUUCAGUGUCAACCACAAAGCAUCCUCUCUUUUCUACAGUGAUUUACCAUCAGACUGUGAUGCCCUCAAGUAUAAACAAUUUCAAGCCAUGAUUUUCUUAAUUUGACAGUUUUGCCAUGAAGGAUGAGCUUUAAAAGAAAUUUAAAAAAUGCACUAUCAAGUACUGUUGUUAAAUAUGCAAAUGAUGGUGAGUAAGGGGGGCUUCUAGUAUGUAAAAGCACUGAAUACAUUUAUUUUCCCAUGACCAAUGGCAUAUUUACAGUAAAGGUGAAAGCUGCUUCAUGUACACCAGUUUAUAAUUAAUAAUUCAAAAGUAAGUAUUGAAUUUCAGAUUAUUUAUGUAUGUAAGGGGAAACAGUUUGGCAUUACAUAUUGCCUUUUUGUGUGUCAUUUAAAUACAAUAAACUAAAUAAACCUC